AUGACCGUGGGUCUGAUAGACCCUGAGGGCGAGGAUUUCACCUUUUGCUGUCUGGAGCAGAGCAUAGGCUGCGAGAUGGCCAACACCAGCAGUGUUCUAGGGGAUAAGUAUCGGUCUCAUAUCCACGGCGAGGACGAGAAAGAUACAGAAUGGACAUUCGGCGCACCCCCCAACUACGAUGUCGUCAACAAGCUCUUCGAGGAAGGCCGGACGAAGGUAUGGGAAGCAGGGUCCUUGGAAGAGAGAGUGCAGCAUAUGGUGAAGACGUGGGAAAUGGAGAUGUUCAACAAGAAGAAGUUUGAAGACUACAAAACUUUGGAUCCGGACAACUACACCUUCAGCCUAAACGGGCGGAAGCCACUAACGCUGGAAGAAAAGCGAAGAUUAGGAGGUGGAUACAACUCGCUGCUGCAGACAUCACUGCCACAGAGGCUACGAGGCUACGACCCCGCGAAGGAGACGAUGGAGUCGGCCCAUGCUGCCUUCACGACUGCGUUUCCUCGGGGAUUCGCUUUGGAAGUGCUCCAGGUCUACAGCGGGCCGCCGUCGAUAGUGUUCAAGUUCAGGCACUGGGGAUUCAUGGAGGGGCCUUUCCAAGGCCACGCUCCGACAGGGGAAAUGGUGGAGUUAUUCGGGAUGGCAGUGUACCAAGUAAAUUCAUGUCGAUCAGUUUCUGAGAAAAAUUCUAUCGGUUAUUGCAUGACUGAGAGAUGUUCGUGUCUUGAUCAGGUGGAUGAGAAGAUGAAAAUUGUGAAGGUGGAGUUCUUCUACGAUCGAGGCGAGCUACUGGGUCUUCUGCUAAAUGGCGGCGGCGGCGCGAGCGCAGAGAACUCGUCGUUGACUUCUUCAAGUUGCCCGUUCUUGAAGAACGCUUAG